AUGUAUCAUUUACUUAAUGAAGAAAAAAGGAAAAAGACGUCAAUAUUGGUUUUAGAUUAUCGGUUAGCUUGUCAUGGAUACUUGGUGGGUACACAAUUAUAUGAAUUGGCUGCAACUUAUGAUAAAUUGGCCUCAGAAGGAAACACUAACAUCGUCUUGAUGGGUGAUUCAGCUGGUGGCAAUUUAGCUAUUGCAUUUGCUCAAUAUUUGAAACAAGAAAAGAAUCCCAACUUGCCUUGGCCAAAGUCAACAGUAUUGAUUAGUCCCUGGGUUAAACUUGUUGGUGAUAAGGAACAAUUCACUGAAGGACAUUCUUAUCAUGACAAUGAAAAAUACGAUAUGCUUAGUUCGCACUUUGCCAAAGACCCUAAACGUCAAGCUCAGUUGUUGGGUGACAGAAAUCCAGUUGAUUUGUUAAUUUCGCCAGGAAAUAUGCCUUACAAAACCAGUGAUUGGAAAGAUAUCCCCACUUUCAACAACAAAGGCUAUUCCACAUUUGUGAUUAUUGGCGAGCAUGAAGUAUUUAGAGACGAUAUUUUGGAAUGGUCGAAAUAUGCACUUGGUUCGCCAUUGGUACCACAGAGUCAAGAUUCGCGCGGUGUCUUCAACCCAAAAGUACAUGAAUGCAAGAGUAAGGGAAUUGACGAUGCGUAUAUUGACGUUGUUAUUGAACCUUGGGGUAUACAUGAUUCAGUUUUGUUUUUUGAAAAUAACAUCAUUGGGAAAAUAGAGAAGCAGGGCCAAUUGAAGUUGGAUGAAUUAAAUGAUGAGAUAUAUUUUGGAAUUGUUAGAAUUACAAAGUUUUUGAAUAAGACAUUACAGGUAGAGUAG